AGUCUCUUAACCCUCUCAUUUUUCUCUCCCCACUCUCUCUCUUGACUAUAAAACCCUAUUUUCCUUCCUACAUCACGAAAAGUCCCCAACAGCCAGCCCAUCCCUAGCUCUUCUUUGCUCUUCUUCUGUAUUUCUCUUUCUCGCCAGCCUUUUCUUCUUGUCCCUUUCUCCUCCCAAUCAUGUCGAGCAACGAUCCCGAGCACCGAGAAGAGGAAGACGCCCCCGCCGCCGACGACGAAGACACCGGAGCUCAGGUCGCUCCGAUCGUCAAGCUCGAGGAGGUCGCCGUCAGCACCGGCGAAGAAGACGAAGAUGCCAUCCUCGAUCUUAAAUCGAAGCUCUACCGUUUCGACAAAGACGGAAACCAGUGGAAGGAGCGAGGUGCCGGCACCGUUAAGCUUCUGAAGCACAAGGAGACUGGGAAGGUUCGGCUUGUUAUGAGGCAAUCCAAAACCCUCAAGAUCUGCGCCAAUCACCUUGUUCUUCCAUCCAUGUCUGUGCAGGAGCACGCCGGAAACGACAAGUCUUGCGUGUGGCACGCCGCUGAUUUUGCUGAUGGUGAACUGAAGGACGAGCUUUUCUGUAUUAGAUUUCCAUCAGUUGAAAACUGCAAACAGUUCAUGGAAAAGUUUCAAGAAGUUGCUGAGUCUCAGCAGAAGAAGGAAGAAAACAAAGAUGCUUCCGCAGCUGCUGGGCUUCUUGAGAAGUUGAGUGUUGAAGAGAAAAAGACCGAGGAAAAAACAUCAGAGGAGGCCCCUGCUGUAGCCAAGGAGGAUAAAGAUGUCAAGAGUGAUACAGUGAAAGAAGAUAUUGAAAAAAAGGACGAGGAGCCUGCUUCCUCUACUUAAAAAGAAUUGGUAUUGUUUCUUUCCAAAACAAAUGCAUACCUUGGAAUAUGAUGAGUAGUCAGCUCGGCCUUAUUUUCAACCCUGCAUUGGCAUAUCCAUUCUACUGUUAGUCAUUGGAUUGUGAUUUUAUGGGCUGGAAUGCCAGUGGUCUGUGAGUCCUUCACUUGGUCUUUCUGUCAAAAUUGGUCGAACUUUUGGGUCAUGUUUGCAGGUUGAAGAUUGCGUUUUAUUUUUUUUUUUUCCUUUCAGUUUGGGUGUUGUUCAAGAGAGUUUAUCUAGGGUUUUACGAUGCUAUUAUUUAAUUGGGAGUUAAGUUGCAGUGCUGCGAGAAUUACUUGUUAUUAGACGAGUUUUUGUUGGGAUAUAAUUUCUUGAUUUGUUCAGAGUCUCGAACAAUGUUUUGAGCAAUGAUUUGUGUUUUUCCUUUUUCUUUUCUUCAUUCCGUUUUGUGGCACUCGGAAUAAUCGAAUAUUCUCUGUAUGGCCAGUUUCUUUACUUUGGCUCUGUGAAUAUGUCUGUUUGGAGAUGUGAACUGGGCGCGGAAGCUUAUGUGCCAUGUGUUAUCUUAACACCUGAAAGCCCAGUAUGUCCAUGUGGUAAAAAUAUAAAUAAAAAAACUGAAAGCUCAA